AUCUCGAAUUAGCAAGGCCGCUGGAACUCUGGGACAUCCCAUCCAUCGACAUGUCUCUAUUCUAUCCGCCAAACCCAAACCCAAACCCAAACCCAAGCCACAGCACCAGCAGCACCAGUCUGCCAACACAACCACUCAGUAUCACAGCCUCAGCCUUCCAUUCGCACCCACAUCGGCGCCGCCAAUUGGACAGACGCCGGCGAUCGUCGAUACACGGUUCAUUGAUGCGCGGUCAUCCGCAAGCACACAGUCAAAGGCCCGCAGAAACUCAAGUUUGACGGAGAUGCGGAAAAUGCAGCAGGCGUCGAUGAUGGAUUUAGACAUUCUGCGAUCGCCCACUUCGGUGCUACCGCAUUGGCCCGCUGAGCAAAAAUACAGCAGCAGCAGAACGCAGGAUGCUCAGAUGGGUCCGUCGUUAUUGGAUCUCGACAACGCUUUGGGAGAGUCUCGGGAUGACAAUACCGGUAAGUUUUUUUUGCUUUUUAUUGGGUGUUUAGGUCGAGUUGGACUAUUGAUGUGGCGUGUGCACUUUUGUUUUAUUCUGCGUUUGCGGUUCAACUCAGGCCUGGCCAAGUUUUUCAGCCUUUGCCACUUUUGUCAAUGUUGCCAACCUUUGCGACUCGGCCCUUUUUUCAGCUGUUGCGGACUUGAUGUCGAUCUCUCUUUUUCCCUUUUUUUCCACAGCCAUCUUGUCCGUCCGGCUGUCCAUAUUUUGUCCUAUGCAAAUAGUGCUCUGACAGGCAUGUUCUUCCGGAACACCGGGUUCAACUGCGCUUUCCGCAGAAGCAAAACUACAUAUGCUGCCGUAUUUUUCUAUUCUUCCUCGCUUUGCCAUGUCCAAUAUUUUGCGCUUUCCAAAUUAAGUGGUCGAAAUGAAAAAUACACGCGGACGCCAAAUCAUUACCCAAUUUGGGAAAAGUGUUUAAUGAACUAUGUAAUCUUCACUCAUCCAGUUGUUUUGUGUUAAAGUGCAGUUGUAAUUGAAUACGACCUUAGAGUCAUACAUUUCAAUAUUGCCAUUAUUGUCUUUCUUUACCAUGUGUUUUCCCUGCGCCCGCAA